GCUCACAGGGGACCCUAUAUAAGCUCUGCAGCUGUCAGGUGGAGGACACUGGCUGCUUUUGCACUGGGGAGCAACUCGCUUUAGGGAAUUACAGCUCUACACACUCUUAGAUCCACACAGUAACAAUGUCUCACGCUUGGGGAUACGCAGCGAACAACGGACCCGACAAAUGGGCUGAUAACUUCCCUAUUGCCAAUGGACCCCGCCAGUCUCCCAUUGACAUCGUACCUGGUGCAGCAUCAUACGACGGAGGGCUGAAGCCGCUCAACCUGAAGUAUGACCCCUCCACCUGCCUUGAGAUCCUCAACAACGGACAUUCCUUCCAAGUGACCUUCGCAGACGACAACGACAGCUCAACUCUGAAAGAUGGACCCAUCUCAGGGACUUACAGACUCAAGCAGUUUCAUUUCCACUGGGGAGGUUCAGAUGACAAGGGCUCCGAACAUACCGUGGCCGGGACCAAGUAUCCUGCUGAGCUCCAUCUGGUGCACUGGAACACCAAAUACCCAAGUUUUGGUGAGGCUGCCAGCAAGCCUGAUGGGCUCGCUGUUGUUGGAGUAUUCCUGAAGAUUGGUGGUGAAAAUGCAGCUCUGCAGAAGCUUCUUGACGCCUUCAAUGCCAUCAAGACCAAAGGCAAGCAGACCACUUUCGCUGACUUUGACCCUUCAACCUUGCUCCCUGGUUGCCUGGAUUACUGGACAUAUGACGGCUCCCUGACCACACCCCCCCUGCUGGAGAGCGUUACCUGGAUUGUCUGCAAAGAGUCAAUCACUGUCAGCUGCGAGCAGAUGGCCAAAUUCCGCGGCCUGCUCUUCUCUGCUGAGGGUGAGGCCGAGUGCUGCAUGGUGGACAACUACCGCCCUCCCCAGCCACUCAAGGGUCGUGCUGUCCGUGCUUCCUUCCAAUAAUACCCCUUCCCCCCUUUUUGCCCUUUCUGCCCUGUUGCCCUCUCCCUUCCCCCUUCCUUAGUGAGAAUUACCUCUCUCGCAGUGAGCCACAAAACACACAUAUCUCUCUCCGUCCAAUUUUUAAAAGAAAUGAAAUUCCUGUGGGCUCAUCACAUUCAAGGCUGGGCUGUCUAACUGUGAGACGGCGCUUGCAGGAUUUGCAUCUCUGUUUUUUGUGUAUGUAAUAAGCCAGCAAACAUGCCCUCUUUUCAUUUAUUCUUGAAGACAAACACUCCACGGAGGCACGUUUACUAGGAUUUAGAAUCUGGUGCCAAUGUUUUUUAGAGACAUUACACCAGUGUGUGUAGGUCUUCUUUGUGUCAAAAAAUGAAGAUGAGUUAUAGUCAAAAUGGUGCUCUCGAUCCAGCCAGCACAGAGCACGAGCUAGUCGCAGUAGGCAGGGGGGAGGAUGAAACUACAUCACCAUCUGUGAGGGGGUAAGGUGCAGAUAAAAGACGCACACACAGGACACACACACUCCCGUUGCCAGUCUGUCUGUAAUCUCUGACUGACUGCCAGCCUCUGCAUCACAGCAGCUUAAUGAAACGCUGCAGCCGCCUCCAUCACAACCGAUUGACUCAGAAAAUCCCCCUCUGGCACACACACACACUCAACAUGGCACGCACAGUCUCAUGCAGACAUGAUGCCUAUAGGCACUGACCUGCUUAUUGAUUUGCAUUCAGCGUAAGGCAACAAAGCACAUGAGGACAGGCUGCUGCUAGUGCUACAUACUCAACAUCGUGACAAUGGCUUAUUUCUCUGUUUUUGCAGCCUAAUCUUCAAAUGUGUUUGUCAUCCCAUGUUGGUUUUUUAUUAGUAUUUUGGAUUAUGUCUUUAUUUUUUGUCUGACCGCUUAUGCAAAAUAAGUCUUAAGUGAUUCCUAAAUUAUGUUUUGUAACCAAAAGCUCUUUUUUUGAUGCCCUGAUAAUAUAGCAAUAGAGAGAAUUGAUACUCCUUUUCAAGUUUAAAUGUGAUGUGUUAAAAAAAAAAGAAGAAAAAAAUGUUUUGUUUUUGAAACCCCAAUUGUUCGAGUGCUAAAGCUUAAAACGCACAGUCGCCUUGUGGGCGAAGCCAUAGUGGCUAAUGCACAAAGCCAAGGAAUAAAUUACCCUGCCAAGAAGCCAAGGAAGAAAAGAACCUGCCAACAGAUCAGAUUAUAGUGUCAGCCUGGUGUCAGGCCCUCUAUAGGACAAGAAUUCACAAAAGACCAAGAGAGUUCCUGAAGUCCUCUUGCUUUUAGUAUGCAUUGAAACUAAGAAGUUUGACAAAGGCGACGUAUUUCCAGAAAGAUUGUUAUUAAUGUGAAAUAAAAAAAGAUAACAGCCUUAUGCCAAUCAUUGUUAGGGUCAUCCCACGACUAUGUGUUGUCAUUCUAUUUUGGAAGUGGACGUUUUACUAGUUAAAUAAAUAUAUUUUAUGACUAACAA